AAUAUAUUUUUGAACAUCGAACUCAAGCGUUCGUACUAGACAUUCGGACAAUUCUAUGUUUCCCUCUACAGUUUUCAAACUAACCUAGAUAAUUAAUGGAAUUUUCAAAACAUCCUGAGAUGGAUAAACAAAUUACUACUUUUCUUAUUCCUAACGAUUUAUGCAAACGAUCAGGUAUAGCCGGAACAUGGUUACCUUUGGAUCAAAUUGCAGUUUAUGCCUAUGAACAACGAAAUGUGCACCAAAAAGAUGAACCCAGUCAUUUUGCUUCAAAUAGUGCGUCUUCCAUAUUUCAUUUAAGACAAGAUAUAGUGCUAUUUCACCCUAUACUAAGAAAGUUAGUGAAUGAAUCCAAUGGCGUAUUUCUCUCUGUACAAGAGUUAGUCGAUGGCAAAACUGUAGAGUUGCAAGUGGAAUUGUUUAAAAUAAGUAGGCAGUACAGGUCUAUAAUAAGGGCUUGCUUAGAAAACCUUCAAGAUGAACUCACAAAAUUAAAGGAUGAUAGCAAAAAUGAGUUACAGAAUUACAUUACAAUAUUUUAUUCAAUCGAGUGUAUUUGGCAUUUAUGUGAGAUACUUUUUAUUGAUGUUAUGCCUGCAAAUUUAGUACUACCACAAGUACUGGAAUGGGUACGUUUUCAUUUUCCAGAACAUGAAAGAAAUGCUGCUAACAUGUUAUCUGAAGAUAUUAUCGGCUUAGAAAAAAAUUCAGAAUAUUGGAAUACUGUCUUAGGAGCUCUACUACAAGGUAGAAUUCAUCUGGUACGAUCAUUAUUAAAGCAGCAUUCUUCUUCAGAUAGUAGUACAUUUAGACUUAUUGACCAAAUUCUUAGAGCAAUGCCAACAUUCAAUAGUUCAACAGGAGCUUCUAUAAAUGAAUAUAAUAUGCAGUGGAGACAUUGGACAAUAGACAUUCAGUCCAAAAUAGAUGCGGGUUUAUUUAACUCCGAACAACAUUUGGAUUUAAUUACAAGGCUUAUAGUUGGUCAAGAACAAGCUUGGAUAGAAAUUCAAGAUCAUUGUGAUGUUUGGUAUGCUUAUUUGGUAGGUUGGCUGUUCUUUACGGAACCAACAGUGAAGUCUUUUGAAUUAGGCCAAUUUGCAAAAAAAGUUAUUACUAAAUUGAACAUGAAUAAUCAUCUGAAGCAGUUAGAUAAGGUUUUGUUAGCAGCGUUAGAUUUUGAUAUAUUUCAGGUCAUACAAGAAAUUCAAAAUAUGUAUGAUAACGGUUGGUUUGUUAGUCAUUUAACAGAUCUACUUUAUCAUUGUGGGAAACUAGGAGAUUUACAAAAAGAUCUUCCAGAAUUUUCUCCUGAUAAACUUCGAGAAUCAUUUAUUCUUGAUUAUGGUGUCACAUUAAUGGGUCAUCAAUCAUUGUGGCAAGUCGGCUUAACAUAUUUAGAUAAUUGUCCAUCCAAUGGUUUACAAGUUAUUGAAUUACUUCUGCCUAGGAUAUUCAUAAAUUCGGAAGCCAAGGCUCAAAAAAUAAUAAGAGAAGCUAAAAACAGAGACUUGAACAACGUUGUACACAGUAUUUGUAAAAUACAAGGUAUGCAAUCAAUGAGAAGAGGAAGAUUGGGAAAUGCCUUAUCAUGGGCUCUUAAAUCUCAAGAUGGUCCGUUCACCUCAUUUUUAGCAGACAAAUUUUUACAUGACUAUAUAAGAAGAGGUAAAUUGUCAAGUGUUGAUUUGCUGGAUAAUUUAGGAUCCGGAAUGCUUGUCAGUGAUAGGCUCAUCUUUUUAGGUAAAUAUUAUGAAUUUCACAAGUUGUAUCAAAGUGGAGAGUAUAGGGAUGCAGCAUCACUAUUAAUUUCCUUAUUAGCAUCAAAGAUCAUUCCGAAAUACUUCUGGUGUGUACUUUUAAUCGAAUCUAUCCCGCUCCUGGAAAGUGGUGAUUUAGUAUUUUCUUCUAACGACACCUUCACAAUAAUCCAUUGUUUGGAAGAAAAAAAGGAUUUGCCCGAAUUAAAAGACAAGAUAGAAAUUUUGAGGCUAGCAGCUGCAAGAAAUCUAUCCCGCGCCCUAAUUGCCGAAGCAGAGGUUACUGAAUAAGAAAUGGAAACAAUAAUUUCCACCAACUGGUAAAAAUAAGGAUAAAAAAGUUUUUAAUAAAUAUUUUUUAUAAAA